AUGGCUCUUGCUCUCCUAGUCACCGUACUCACGCUCUCGUGGAGCGCACCUGCAGCCUGGGGGGAGCUCCCCGUCGUUGAGCACGCGGUGGAGGCUGGCCGGUCGUUGCGCGUCCUCGUCGUCGGCGAUUGGGGCCGGAAGGGGGCCUACAACCAGUCCAGGGUAGCUCAACAGAUGGGAAAGGUCGCGGAGGAGAUGAACAUCCACUUCGUCGUGUCAACUGGAGACAACUUCUUAGACAACGGCCUGGCCAGCGUCGACGACAAGGCGUUCCAUGAGUCAUUUGUGGAUGUCUACACGGCGAAGAGCCUGCAGAAGCCAUGGUACCUUGUUCUAGGGAAUCAUGACUACAGGGGAGACGUGCUAGCACAACUUGACCCGGCUUUGCGCAACAUCGACAGUCGAUUUCUCUGCAUGAGAUCCUUCCUUGUCCAUGCAGGAAUUACCGAUUUCUUCUUCGUGGACACAACCCCGUUUCAGCUCAAGUACUGGACUGAUCCUGGAGAAGACCACUACGAUUGGAGGGGAGUCGCGCCAAGAGAAGCAUACAUCACAAACCUUCUCAAGGAUUUGGAUGCUGCAAUGAAGAGAUCGAGAGCGAGAUGGAAGGUGGCCGUGGGGCACCAUACCAUGAGGAGUGUGAGCGCCCAUGGCGACACCCAGGAGCUCCUCCAGCUCCUUCUCCCUGUGUUCAAGGAGAACAGCGUCGACCUCUACAUCAACGGGCAUGAUCACUGCUUGGAGCACAUCAGCAGCAGGAAUAGUCCAAUCCAGUACUUCACCAGCGGAGGCGGAUCCAAGGCAUGGAGAGGCGUCUUUCGACAAAACGAUGACAAGCUUGAGUUCUUCUACGACGGCCAAGGGUUCUUGUCGCUCGAGAUGGACGCGGAUCAGUCUCACGCCGUCUUCUACGACGUCGAUGGGCACGCGCUGCACAACUGGAGCCUGAGAAAAAGCACAGUCCUGCAGCAGGUGCAGCCCUCUGCUCUUGUUUCUCAAGAAUGAGAAGCUGCACGUAAGUAACCCUACAGAAUAACUUCGAGCUUGUAGCAUUCUACUAGUAUAAGUAUCAAGUGUGUAACUUAUGCUGAUGAGUACACGAGACUGGCUGUAAAUUAAUUAGCGAAUAAAUAGGAGUUUUUUACACGCCAAUAUUAUUAUAUAUCAAGUUUUCUGCGGUACGUGGUGUCUGAUGGUUUUGCUAA